AUGUCGUUAUUCAAUAAGCCAAAGAAGAAGGUGCAACAACAAAUUCGACGAAAGCACGAUGAUGACGAUGACGAUGAGGGCGCUAGUUCGGCAAAACUCGAGGAUAUCAAGGACAUCCAGAAAGCUCGAGAACGCAAAAAUGGUCUCAAUGAGAUAGAAUGCGCCAUCGGGAAAGAACGAGCAAAACAGUUGACUUCGGGCGAAGAAGUGCAGAUGGCCGGUGGAGGAAUUGUGAUGACGCAACAGCAAAAAGCAAAGCUGGAAGCCAAGGACAUCGAAAAGGGCAUGAAAGAUCAGUUCGAAAAGGAGUCAUUGUUACGAGAUGAGCACGAGGAGCUGCGAAAAUUCAUCGAAUCGGGGUUGAAUAGUGGCGAGAAAAUGGACACAUCUGCAGGACAAAGCACAGGUCCUCCAAAACUAGUGGACUCAGUGUUAGCCCGAGCAGCAUCAAAAGUAGCGAAAUUUCGCAGUGCUGAGACGGGCGAGUUGCUCAGCAAUCAAAUGCUUGCCGGAAUUCCCGAAGUCGAUCUUGGGAUCAAUGCUCGAAUCACAAAUAUUUUGGAAACGGAGAAGAAAAAGAAACAAUUGCUAGACGAGGCGAUAAUCAAAGGCCGAACAAAAGAAAAUCCAAUAGUGAAAACGGAUGUAGAAGAAGCCGCAGCAAAAAGAAAACGUUUCUCAACCGAUGAACAU